GCGGUUGCAGUUUACCGCGAGUGCAUAAGCAGCUACAAGAAGACGGAUAAUAAGAAGGAAAUCUCCAACGACCCCAGAAUUCAGAAACCAGAUCAUCAAAUUCCGCUUUCUUUCUUUCUUUCUUUCUCACGCUCUCCAUCUCUAUCUGUGAUUCGAUCAGUUCGAUCGUUGCAGUGUCUGGAGAUGCGGUUCUUGAGGAAGAUUGCAGGAUUUCUAGGGUUUUCCAAGGAUGAUGCUCACGACGUCAAGCACGAAGACGAAGAAGUUGAGUCCGGUAAUCAGGCUCCCAAACGUGUCCAUAUGCAGGAAACUGGUCCUCGGAGGGGUUUCAGCGUCCCUGUCCAGGUCGCUGUCAAUGUUCCUCAACCCGGCCCUAUUCUUGUUCCUUCUAGUUCAGGCGAUGGUGGAGUUCAGGGUUUGACGUGGUAUGCCAAACGUCUUCGAGUUGAUGAAGAUGGAGAUGUAGCUGAACAGUUCCUCGACGAGGUCUUACCUGAGACGCCAACCAGUACUACUACAGACCAUCACAAGCCAUAUCCACGGUUUCAGAUAAACAAUAGAAAUAGACUAGCUAAAGUAAAGAACCAGGUUAUAUUGCAGGAGGGUAAACUCCAACAGUGUAUUGAACAUCAAGGUAGAUUGCUAUUGGUAUGAAGGGGAAAGAAAAAGAAAACCUGAGAAAUGAUCCCUUCAGCCAAUGGUGUUCCAGGUUCAGUUUAUUAGUUUAUUACACAUGGUGGUCAUUUUAUGAGGAUGAUCUACCUCGUUUGGUUACAAAAAAAACUUCCCUAUUCCCUCGAGAGUACCGAAGGUUGCAUCAAUUAUGUUAAGUGGGCCUUACAUUAGAAGCUUUGGUAUUAGCACGGUUCUUUCUUAAGUGUUACAAUCGAACUGCUGAUCAUGGAACAUAUGUUGUGACGCCCAACAGAUGGGAGAUAAGUAGAACACAGGAAUAGGCACUGACUCCUUCUUCUUCAAUUGUGAUAGGGUUGCAUUUACAGACUCCUCUCUGUAUUAGGUGUAUAAGUUGAGUGAUUGAUGUUUUUUAGUAUAGUCAGCGAAGAUGAUUGUGAAUCUAUGGAUGUGAUGAAAAUAAACUUAAAAUGCACAAUAAUGUUUUUUUUUUUUUUU